UAACCAAAUGCUUUUUAUAAACGCGUCCUUACAAAGUGGCUAAAAGCAUCUGCACCAGGCAUCACUGCAUUCAAAUCGAUUCUUUAUCUAACUGAUGAAUUACAAUAAUCCAUGUAUUUUAACUGACUCUUCACCUUAGACUCGGUGCUAUGAAGGUAUUUUAAUGCAACACUGACGACAAGGUGCAUUUAAAUACUUUACCUGACACCAGACACACUGCACUGUAUUUACUGUAUUUACUGACUAGUCGGUUCCUUUGUUUAAUACACUGAAUGCUAACACUGAUACAUCGGCUCUUUGGAAAUGAUUCUAUUCAAUUAUUCUGUACAGAACGUGCUUCGUGCAAACGCCAGAUGCGGCCAUUUGACUGUAACGCGUUACUGUCACGUUGUUCCCCUCUCGUUUUAAUUAAAGCCUCUGACUGCGCAGUAAACUCUAAUACGGCGUGUCGUUGCAUGAGUAAUAACGCAGUCCAGUGCACAGCGCGCGCCGUGCAGUCAGCAUCGGUCCUCCAGAGCUCUGAGUGGAGCUGUCUCGCCCGCGCCCUCGUGCAGAAGCCUCCUUCCACAGCGCUCCUCCGCCAGCGGACCGACCAGGCCCCUCGCAGCCGCUACGCUGUGGCCCCGAGCCGGCGGGAUUCCCACCACGGACCUGGCAGCGUGGAGGUGGCGGUGCGCCGGGCAGCGCCCAGCGGCCAGCGGCGCGACUCCGAGCGCUGGAUGCGUGGGGCGCUCCGUGGGAAAAAGCCCGGGCUGUGGUGAAACCCCGAACAAAGUGCGACACACACGCUGAUACACGUCAUAAACGGGCCCGCCUCGCUGUGCGAGUUGCAACUCUGCGUCCGUGCCCGUCCGCGCGGCCAGCGGCUGAUAACCGUAGGUGAGGCUGGUGGAAUUGUUGUCUGCGGGGGGGGAGGGGGGCGGGGGGUGACGCGCACUUCACGGCAGCCCCUGCGCUGUCAGACGAGGAAGUGAGGAUUCACACACGCCCAUUUCAGCCCGUCGACCCUGCGAAAGAGCCCGGACCCGUUGAUCUGAUAACAGCAGCACACUUUAUCAGCAUGCGCUCACUUUCGGAUGGACAACGGGGGGAAUAACCCGCAGGACGACGGCGAUUACCGGAGUGCUACAGGCUGAACGAUGGACAGAGAGCUGGUCCGACAGAACCAGUCAGACCACAGAGACGCCAGCAAUGGAACCAGCCCCCAGGCCUCCGCCACCACACCCAGCUCCUCCACCCCCACAACCCCCACCCCCCCUCGACUCACCCCCAACCCCAUGCUCCUGGACUCCCCUGCUCCUGCGCUAACUCCCACCACCUCCUCUCCCCCUCCUCCUCUCACCCCUGCUCCGUCCGUCUCUUCGACCCACGCCCCGAAGGUGGCAGCGGGCGGUACUCCGUCCCCCCACAUCCUCAUCCCUGCUCCACCUAAGCUCACGUCCACUGCAACCCCUGCUCUCCGGACGUACUCUCGCCCCAUCCUUCCAUCGCCGGCGGGCAAGACGUCCAGCACACAGACCCCCAGCCCGUCCUCCUUCCUCCCUCCAUCCUCCUCUUCCUCCUCCUCCUCCUCCUCGCUUGCUGCAACCAGCACGGCCUCCUCCCUCCUAUCGUCCUCUUCUGGAACGCACAGCAACACCCCCAUGUCAACCAAGACCUCCACCAGUCUGACCAACGGUACCACAAGGCCCGUGUCUACGCCGACCUCCACGCCCAUAACCCCCUUCCACACACCAGCCAGUCCACCUGGCAGACAGGUAUCCCAGGCCCAUCCUGUGGCCACGCCGGGCCUAAUGCGAGCCAAUCAGAGCCCCUCGCCUGUCAGGCAGCGAGUCUCCCAGCAGACGCUGCUGCUGGGGAAAGGUCUCAAAGGGUCUGGGCAGGACCAGGUGCUGCUCAGAGCUCAGAUGCUGAUUCUUACGUCUGCUAUGCGACCUGCCCCGUCCUCCUCCUCACCCUCUCCCCCUUCCUCUAACCCUGCCUCCACUCAGCUGCAGAGCCUCACCCUGAGGCCUCCUCCCCCCGGAGCCCUCACCAUCCCUCCCUCCCUGCGACUCAAACCUCCCUCCUCGGCGCCGCCUCCGCUCUCCCGUCCUCACGCCCUGCCCAUCUUCCCGCCUCUCAGGCCGCGACCGCACCCGAGCACCAUGACGACAGACGGCCCGGCCACGCCCACCCGCCACCUCGCCGUUCCUCCACCAACUCUCUACUCUCCAGUUCAAGUCCCUCUCAGACCCAGACUUCAUUCUCCAAAGGGCCACCGAGCGUCGUCCCCUCGACAGACCUCAUCCUUCCAGCCGAUCACUGCUGCUCCGUCCGGCCACGCCUGUCCUGCUAGGCCGUCGCUGUCUGGACUCAGGUCCACCCCGUUAUCCCAGCCCCCGCUGGGCUGUGGCCAGUCCCAGCACGGCCCGCUCUCUGCGCCCACCUCCAGGUCCGCCGCUUCUCACUUUGAGCGGCCGUCUGCGGCGCGGCAGCUUCAGAUCAUCGCCCUCUCUUCGAGUCGGCAGCCACAGCCCGGCACGUACGGCCACAUGGGCCAGUCGCCCCCCGCAGAGCUCUCCAAACAAAUAAAAAGGACGUUAAGCAGCGACGAGGCACUUCCCCCUUCUCUAAGCUCUACUUUGCCUAAAACGAGCUGUUCCCUGCCCUCCCCUCCCUCCGUCCUGAGUCCAGCCUCCUCCCCGGGUCAAGCUGGGCCUCAGACGCAGACUCAGAAAGGAGAGGUAGAAGAGGGUGAGGAGCACAGAGAGCGAGGGGUGAGGCAGGCAGUCAGAGAUGAGGGCAGUGUGGGCAAAGUCGACCAAAGAGAGACGGCGGAGGAGAAACCGAUGCCUGAGAAGGAAGUGGGUCAGAACGACCAGGUGGAGGCGGGAAGAGAGGAAGAACAAAUGGAGGUGACGGAGGAAGGACAAGGAGACAGAGACAAGACGGAGGAGCAGAAGGAGACAAAGGGGACAGAGGAGGAGGAAGGAGAUGCCGUGCCCAUCGCCAUGGACCAGUCUGACAACCAGAACACAUGUCCCGUCCCCACACCCAGUGCCGUUAAAGACUCUGACUCAGAACCCAAACCCGUCCUGGCUCUGGUUUCAGGCCCCGUUCCUGCCCCUGUCCCGGCACCAGGUCCAGUCCCAGAGGUCCAGAGUCAGAAGCUACCGGAGUCUCAUCGGGAGCCUGAGUCUGUGAGCCAGGAGGACUUCAGCGAGAACAUGUCGACCCAGUCCGACAACCAGUCAGCCUUGUCCAGCCUCUCCUCCCAGUCUCCCCCCUCCUCACCCUUCAUCACACCCUCGACAGAAAACCCCCCUCCCCUCCUGCCCGCUCCGACUGACCUCAGCCCGUCCCAGCAUGAGACGGAGAGAAUCCACAAGUCCGGUGGGGAAUCGGAGCAGCGGGUUGAGGCUGAGAUGCAGCCGCUCGGCCAAUCAGAGGACGACACAGACAGCCUUGGCCAUUCACCGGGUGGCCCCUGGGAGCCCAAGGCGUGGCCUGAGGGACGGCAGGUCCUGACUCACCUGGUGGAAGGAUUCGUCAUCCAGGAGGGGCUGCAGCCAUUUCCUGUGAACCGCUCCUCGCUGCUGGUUCCAGAACAAGUGGCCAAACCACAGGAAGUGAACGGGACCAACGGGAGCCCGGCGCUGCCUGUGAUGGACCCGGUUCAACAAACUGAGCCGUCCACAGACUCAGAAGAGGAGGACGGAGUGGACACGGACGACGGACACGGGACCAGGUCGGGCCACAGGGACCGGACGGUGCUGCACUGCCAGUUCUGUGGGAAAAGGGGCCACGCGCACAACUUCAUGCGGUCCAAGCGCUUCUGCUCCACUUCCUGUGCACGCGGGUUCAACGUCCGUCUGACGAAGCGCCUGCGGGCUCUGAGCGCAGGCGGUCGGUCCGAGAAGCCGCGGCCGGCGCUGAACCGGGCCGAGUCGGUUCCUGGGAAGCCUCUGUUGCUGCGGCUGCCUCGUGAUCUGUGGAGCGCCGGCCGCCGUGAGAAGGAGGGAAAGGAUAAAGCGGCGGCGGCGGAGGAGGAGGAGAUGGUGGGAGGAGGCGAGGAGGAGGACGACGGCGGGGAGGAAGACCCCGCCGUCGCCAUGACGGUGAGGAUGGACCGGCGGGCGGCGCGGAGGGCGAGGAGGGCGUCGGCGCCCGCCGUGACCACGUCCACGCCCACCAGCACGUUCAAGCCGGCGCCGUCCCAGUGGAGCGUGGAGGACGUCACCGCCUUCAUCCACGCGCUGCCAGGCUGCAGCGACGUGGCAGAAGCUUUCCGGGUGCAGGAGAUCGACGGCCAGGCUCUGCUGCUGCUCACCGAGGACCACCUCAUGACCAGCAUGAACAUCAAACUGGGACCGGCGCUCAAGAUCUGCGCCCACAUCAACGCACUGAAAAACCAAUGAGACGGGAAACGACGGACAGAAAAGAGACGAGAGCUGAAGGAAAGCGGGCAAUAGAGACGAGGAACAUCGAACAAUUGGAAGACGAAGGUUCUAAACGGAGGUGUGGCCUUAGAAGACGAAGCAGAGAUGCAGAUGCAGGAAGAGUCCAGAGAAAUUUCAUCCGUUCUGACUGUAGCAGGAAACUGAGGGGGGGUUUUGUACCUUUGUGUAUAUUUUACAAGAAGCUGGAGAGUGUACAUUUGAAGCUAUUUCAUGAAGGAUUUUGAACAUUUAAUAUAUAAAAUUUGUCUAUUUAGUUUUUUUUAGAACGUGACGUCAAUGACAAAUCUAUCCCGUAGCUAACAUAACCGGUGUGUGUAAAAGAAAACAUAAUAAUGCGUAGACUUUGUAAGUGAUUAAUGAAAGUUUAAUGUUUUAUAUCACUAUAUUCUGGACAAAAACAUGUCUGUGGAUUCAAAAGGUCACUAUCAGGGUAGAGACUGGUGUCUUUAAUCGUCACAUUUUUAUGGUAUCCUGCUUGAAAUUAUUUAAUAAAUCAAUACUUAAUCAAA